AAGAUUUUUCUUGGAAAAACAAUCUCCUCCAGAAUCUAGAAUUCGAGCUCUAUAACAUGUCUGAGGCCAUUAAUCAUCAUCAGAAACAAUGGAAUAACACCCCACCUCUGCCCCAAGAUGGCAAUGCCUACGAGUUUAGUGCCGAAGGCAUGCAAGUUCUUGCUAUCGAUGUCAAUGCUUUCUGCUUGAAGUAUCUAGUUUCUCUACUGCGAAGGUGCAAAUAUGAAGUUACGGCAACCACUGAGGCAGGGGAAGCACUCAAGAUAUUGAGAGAAAACAGAAACAAGUUUGAUAUUGCGAUUACUAAUACUGUCAGGCUUGAUUUUGAUGCUUUUCGGCUUCUGGAAAUCAUAGGAAAUCAUUUGGACAUACCUGUAAUUAUUGUUUCUGCUGAUGACAGAAUAAGCAGCGUAAUGAAGAGCAUGAAAUAUGGGGUUGUGAACUACAUGUUAAAACCGGUUCGAAUUCAGGAAAUUCAGAUUUUAUGGCAAUAUGUUUUCAGGAAAAGGAUGCAAGAUUCAGGGCGGAUUAGUAAACAACUCGAGCCAAAAAUUAAUAAAGGUGAUGAGGAGGAAGCCAACAUUCAAACAUUCGAUAGUUCUGCAUCAGAAGAUGAUGCGUUCCAAAGGAAACCGAGGGUUUUAUGGACGAAGGAGCUCCAUAACAUAUUCGUAGCUGCUGUGCAGGCACUCGGGGAAAAUGCAAAGCCAAAGGAAAUACAUAGAAUCAUGAAUGUAGAGGGAAUUAGCCGACAAAGUGUCUCGAGUCAUCUACAGAAAUAUAGGAUGCAUCUGAAUAAGGAGAGAGCAAAUCAACAAAGCAACAACAGUUUCGACUCAAUCCAUAGAACUUGCAAAAGAAAACUGGAACGAGAACAAAAUAUGGGACCAUGGAAUCAAGGGACUCAUGCAAAGAAACAAAGUGGACAAACAUUACCAAUAAUAGAAAGUACUUUCGAGCCAUUGUAUCCUUCUAGUGGAGAUUCUGCUUCCCAACAGGCUUUUGUUGAUUUCCACGGUGGAGGCAGAUCAAAUUAUAAAGGGUUAGUUAUUGAGCAUGUUAGGGAUCAUAUACAAAAGCUAGCUGCUGAAGGUUCAGUAAGUGACAAUGGAACCAAGUUUAUGCAGCAAUCUGUGAAUCAAUGGGAAAAUACAGCACCCUUGGAAAUGAGUUACAGUUUAUUGGAUGAUGACUUUCACAUACAGGCCAUUCUUAACGAGUUGGCAAGUCCUCGCAUCUCGAAGCCAAUGCUAAUAUCCAGCAUUCUCUCUGAGUAAACAUGCAGGAUGCUGACAAUUGAUUUGUAUUUUUCUGAGAAAAAGGGAUUUAUAUAUAACUAUAUAUAUUAAUUUAGCCAGAUUAUAAGUAGUUCGUAACUGCUUCUGCUAGCUUCUGCUAUAUUUACUGAUUUUUUAGAUAGAAAAUAUGGCUGAAGUUUUGUGAAGCCUUCACAAACAUUUCUUUUUUAUGAACAAAAGAAAAGUUUAUUAAAGGAAGUACAGAUAC